UUUUGAUUCUUAACUGAAAGACAAAAUUGGGAAAAGUCCUUGUGUGUGUGGAAAAUUAGUCAAGGAUUGAUCUGUAACUGUCAUUCAAAUGGAAUAUUAUACAGUCCCAAACAAAUAUGGUGCUCAGAUUCCACUCCAGACUGAAGUAAGAGAUAAACUCUCAAGUCUUGAUGUUGUUUGGGGAAAUAUGUAUGAAGGUGAGGAUAUUGAUCCUCAGCUUGUCUUGGAGAAGGAAGUAGAGUUCUACAGAGGAGCCCCACCAAAAUGGCUGAACUUCUACUGUGCUGAGAAAAACCAAAAACCUUUUGUUAAGAGGGACAUAUACACAAAAAUAACAGAGCUUAUACAAAAGAAAAGAGAAACAAACCAUAGCAUUUCCAGCAUUGAUCUCUUUCAUCAACCAGGCAGUGGAGGUACUACACUGGCAAUGCAAGUUCUCUGGGACUUGAGGAAAAAGCUCAGAUGUGCACACGCAAUUGAUUCAGCAGAUUCAAAAGCAAUUGCACAACAAGUAAUACAUCUGUUUAAUGCAGGGGGUUCACAAAACCAGAACACAGUCCUACUAUUUGUGGACAACAUAGAGACAGAAGCAAAUGAGGACAUGCAAUUUAACUCCCUGCAAGAAAAUUUGAUUGAAAAUAUAAAACAAAGCAACAUCAGUGCAAGCACUCCUGUGGUCAUCAUUUUGAAUUGCCUUCGAAAAAAGAAUAAAACAGGAAAGGAGAAACUUAUGUUGUGCACAAGUCUUUCGAAAGAAGAACAGGACAGUUUUAAUGCCAAGCAUGCAGAGGUUGUUAAGGGACAUGAAAGACACAAGAAAUUUCAUGGCUUUAACAUAAUGCAGAGGAAUUUCAGCCAAACUUACAUUACAGAGGCCUGUGAAUAUCUCAAACCUUUAAAGACAAAAAAGAGACCUCGCAAUGCUCAAAUACUGUCUUUUUUGGCUUUGAUUAACUCAUAUGUCCCAGGCUCAUACCUUACUGAGACCUUGUGCCUAGAGUUCUUGGAUAAGAAAAAUCAAAUUUCUGGCCGUCCCACUUUGGAAAAACAAAUGGAGGCCUUUGCUGAUCUUCUGGUCAUAUAUUCAACAUGCGCUGGAGAAGCCAAAUCUAAGGACAGAUGUAUACGAAUGGCACAUCCAAUGAUCGCUGAGAAGUGUCUAGGGUUACUAACUGAUGCUGGUGUAACCUUGAGUGAUACAACUCUCAAACUCCUCUCAAACUUGUGCCCUCAAACAGUCCAACCUUACUUUAUGAAAAUAAUUAAACAACUGCUAAAAAACGAGAAACAGGUCCACCAAAAGGUGAGAAAGAAGAAAAACUUCCCUUCUCCCAACUUAUCCAAGAUAUUAAGGAGAAAGAAAACAAAUCAAAGUGUGUGGGACUGUUCAAACAUGCAGCUAAGAAGUUUCAAGAGGAUCCAUUUAUUCCACAAGCUCUUGCACGUUUUUACUACAUUGAACUAAGUGAUUAUGCAAAAGCUGCAUACUGGGCAAAAACUGCUAUCCAGAGGGAACCAAAUAAUUCUUUUAUCAGAGACACACUUGGACAAGUCUACAAAAACCAACUGAAGAACCAAAACCUUGCAAAAUCUUCUAGCAUUUUA